CUCUAUAAAAUCCCCCUUUUGCAUCUAUUUCCUCUCUUCAUACUCAUUUCUCCAUCUAAACUCACUUAAAAAAAUAAAAAAAAAUUCUCUCUAGAUGGGCGCGAAAGAAGAAGCCAAGAAAGAAGUUGUUGCAGAGAAGACGAAUGAAAGAGGGGAACCAAAGGGCGCCGCCGGGAAGGAGGAGGAGCCGCCGGCCGCCGCCGUCGUGCUAAAGCUCGACUUGCAUUGUGAAGGCUGUGCCAAGAAAGUCAGACGCUCAAUCCGCCAUCUCGAUGGUAUUUUAUUUUUUAAUUUUUUGAAUUAAAUAUAUUUGAUUACUGUGCAUGGUAUUUUUAUUUCUAAGCUAUUUCAAAGAAUUGAAACCACCUCUAAUCCCUACAUUUUUUUUUUAAGAAAAAAAAACACAUCUACUUUUUUUUCUUUUUCCAAAAAAAAAAUACAUUAAAGACUAUCAUAUAAAGGUGGAUCGAUCUAUCUAAAAUGGUGUGAAAUAUAAGUCAUCACAACAUUUGUUCUAUUUUCAAUAUGUAUGUUUUCAUCUAAUCUUUAUUUAUUUUAUUUCAAUACUCUUUCUCCACAUUUCAACCAAUUUCGAAUAAUUUUGUUCACUUUUUCACAUCGUUUUUAAUCACUUUUUAAUAUAAUCCUAAAAGGUUUAAUAUAUACGAGUAUAUAUUUAUAUUCAUGAGGACAUGAGGUACACGUCUUUGAAAACAAAAUCACUUUCAAAAGUGAAAUACGAAGUACUACUCAUUUACCCACUAGAAGUAUAUUGUGGUACAGGAUGCCACGCACUAUUUGUUUGUCGGGUUUAUUUGUGUUAUAAAAGUUAAUUGAAUUUAUAUACCAAAAUUAAUUAUUUGUCCCCUCCAAUAAUACUUUUCAAAAAUGAAAAAAACACUUUAAAAAUAGAUAAUUUUGGUAUUACCUCAUCCGUUCUAAAAUAUCUUUUCAGUUAUUAUUCAUACCGUCAAAUUUAAAUUACUUUCUUUACCUAUUUUCGUUGCUUAUUUGAUAAAAUAAUAUAGUAUGGUCACCUCUCAUUUUGUAGAAAUUUUAAUGUAGUUUUUAAAUAUGUAAAAUUUUAUUUUUUAAUUUUACACCUACAAUCAAAUAAAUUGAAUUAAAAAUAAAGUCAGUCAAAUCUCGUAAACACAAACUGGCAGAUGGUUUUAGGACGGAGGAAGUAAUGUUUUAAUUAUGACUCAUUUAUUUUAUAUAUCAUAUCCUAUCUUAUUUUUAGGGUGCUUCUUUGAAAAUGUUUAUAGAACAGAGAAAAUAUAUACUUUCAAUAAUCCACUCACAAAAUUUUUUAUCCCCCGUUUGGUACACAAAAUUUAAACUAUGGAAUUAGAAUUCAGUAUUUUAAAUCCAAAUCUGGUGUUUGGUAGCGCAAAAAUUAUAUGGAUUUGGAAUUGAUAGUGCAAAAAAUGAAUUUCAAUUGGUGAAUUCAGUUCUAUGGAAUUGACUCACAUAAAAUUUUAAUUCAAAUUUAAUUCCAAUUCAAUCAAUUCUGUAUACCAAACGGACCUUUAUACACUUUCGCUUUUGGAACAUCUUGGUUCGUAAAUAUUAACUUUUACUUGUGUUUUUAUCUUUUUUAGAAAUGAAAAUGUAUUUCAUUAUAUUUUCAAUACAUUUCAUAAAUUUUGUAAAAAUUAAAUCAAGCGGGAAAAAUGGUGUUUAAAGAACUUAGUAGUUAGUACUCCAUAUUACUACGUAGUAGUCUGCACCAGCUAGAGGAUAGCUAGAUUGAGACCUGGCUAAUUAAUCACCUAAUACUUUAUUAGUUAUGAAUUAAUCCUCGUUAGGUGAGAUUUAAACGCUUGAAACUAAUAUAAUCGAUAAUUAAUGAUUUCUAUAUUUAGGUGGAAAUGACGUGAUAAUUUGUGGUUAGAAAAGUUGUCACAUUUCAUUCCUUUUUAUUUUUAUUUUUUUGUCUUAUGUAAUGCCGUCUCUUUCUCACAACAGCUCAAAUAUUGUUUUCAGAUCAAUAAGAUAUAAAAAUUACAUAUUAAAAAACUACGUCAAAAAUCCUAUAAAACAAGAGGUGACAAGAAUAUUUUAUUUUAUCAAAUACUUAAUGAAAUUGCGUGAACAAACAAAAGUUAUCGAAAGGAGAGAAAAAUUGUAAUCUAUUUAGAGACGGGGUUGUAUAACACAUUAGGAGAAUAAUAUUAUUGGAGAGAGAGAGUAAAGUAAUUUAAUGUUUGGAGAAUCACAAACAUUUCGGUCACAAAAUAAACAACGUUAUCAUUUGUGCACCUCACUAAAUGAACAAAAUGGUGUUGAAUAAUUAAAAAGUAAACACUUCAAUACACAAAUGGUAAAUUUGUGUAUUUUAUGAUUGAAAUGUUUGUGACUCUAUGAUUUUUCUUUUGAUAUCGGGAGAAAUCCAAGUCAAACAUGGCUAUUUUAUUUUCUGGAGUUCUCGGUGGGUUGAAUGACAUCACUCUGCGGAAAUGUAGCAGUCCUAUAGAUAGGAACAUAAACAAUUUUGCCAACAAUUUUAUGAAUGAAAUCCACAAAAUAAAUACACUUCUAUAUACUUUGUCCGUCCUAAAAUAAUUUAUAUUUUACACAAAAUUUGAGUUAAAUUCUAAUUAUUAAAGGUUUACUCCAUCCCCCCGUAAAAAAACUUAUUUUUUUUACUUGUCACAUAAAUUUUUUCCAAUUUU